UUGGGGGAGGGGCUGCGUUUCAGGAGGCUGCAGCUGACAAGAAGCUUCAAGGAGGUGCCUCUGCCAUCCCCAUCACAGGGAGGGGGCGGAGCCUUCUCUGAGAACCUUGGAACUGAGCUGUGCCUGGCCACUCUUGGGGGAGGAGCUGCAUUUCAGGAGGCUGCAGCUGACAAGAAGCUUCAAGGCUACAGCCCUGCAGACGUCCUUCUUGCAGCUAAUUCUUCCAGACCACAGCUUGUCUCCUUUUAGAGUACAAAUCGAGACAACCGGAUCAUAGGGCCAGACACUUCACGAUCCACAAAUUGGAUUUAUUCUUGUAUCCUCCAUAUUGUCCUAUUCAAUCAACAUUCAAGCAGAAAUUCAGCUGGAGAAGAAAAGGCGACACAAGGCGUAUAUCCUUUGUAGUUGUAAGGCAAAGGGGGCUUUGAUCAGGGUGUUGCUUUUGGUAGAAACUCUCUUAGCAGAGUCAAGAAUCGUCAUACACUUCAAUCUCCGAUAAUAACCUCUUGGGACACGUAUAUAAAUCAUAAUGGAUGCCGAGUAUGUCCUGUGCAACUGGAAAGACCAGUUAUGGCCAGCAAAAGUUCUGUCUAGAUCUGAGACUUCAUCAAACAAUAAGAGAAAAAAGACAUUUUCCCUAGAAGUUCAAAUACUCUCACUAGAUGAAAAAAUUAAAGUGGAAAGCACGGAAACAAAGGCUCUAAAUAAAUCUCAAAUUGAAGCCAUUGCCUCCUCACUAGCAGCACAAUCAGAAGUCAGUUCUCCACCUGGAGAGGAAACAGCCUAUGCAAGAUCACUAAAAGUGGCACUGGAUAUUCUGAAUGAAAGAAUAGAUUUGAGUCAAGCAACCAGUUCAGAUGACGAAGCGACCACUACUCUGUCUCAAAAUGAUCCACAAAAGCUUUCUGAUUCACCCCCUCAUAAAAAGUACCGGAAGCAUGAAAUAGACUUAUCAGAGUGUCUUGAGGAAAAUGAAAAUGCAACAUCCUCAUUAGUAUCUUUAGAGAAUAAUGAUUCCCUGUAUGAUGAUAAAUCACAGGUGCAUGCAACCAUUGAUACUCUUCCAAAUGAAAUGGAAACAGAGUCAUCAGAAAACUUCAGCUGGUACCAGAGUUUUCCUUCACUUUCAGAAGAUGAUGAUGAAAAGGAAAGCAAGAAAAAUAUUGAUAUCUCAACAGUUAUGCCUUUGCAUUCCACAAUCAAAGAGGAGGAUGUAUAUGUUAAAGAUGAAAAGUUCACUCCAACUAUGCCAUUAGAUACCUUCACUGAGCCCAAAGCUUUGAAAGAGGAGGCAGAGGACAUUUUCCCAGAGACCCAGGCUAUUUCCUCUGAAUCCUCUACCUUAUCAGAGAAUAUUGAGGAUCCUGGAGAGGGCCCUUCAAAUACAUGCUCAGAUAUCAGCCAGAAUCAACCUGUGGAAUCAGAAGCAAGUGCUACGACCUCCCCCAGGCCUUGUUCAUGGGAAUGUCAAGUUUCAUUUAGUGCCUCUAACAAUGUCCUGGAUUAUUCACCCCUUGUGAAUAAUGAAAGAAAUCCUCAGAGACUGGAUUUUGAAGAACUUGGAGAAGACCUUCAAGCUUCUGAUAUGUCAGUGCAUCUAAACCGUAUUGAAAAUUCCAUAGUAGAUGACAAUGAGCAAGAUGAAGAACUUCCACGCUUUGUUUUUAAUUAUCAGCCUCGUCCAUUUGAAACAGGAAUGAUAGUCUGGUUUAAAUAUCAAAAAUAUCCAUUUUGGCCAGCAGUGGUGAAGAGCAUCAGGCGAAAGGAGAGAAAAGCAAGUGUGCUUUUUGUUGAGGCAAACAUGAAUCCUGAAAAGAGAGGCAUUAGGGUGACUUUUAGAAGAUUAAAGAAAUUUGAUUGUAAAGAGAAGCAAGCAUUAGUGGAUAAAGCCAGGGAGGAAUACAGUGAAAGUAUUGACUGGUGCAUCUCGCUGAUUUGUGACUACAGAGUUAGACUAGGUUGUGGUUCUUUUGCAGGCUCUUUCCUUGAGUAUUAUGCUGCUGAUAUUAGUUACCCAAUUAGGAAAUUAAUCAAACAGGACACCUUCAGGAACUUAUUUCCGAAGCUGCAUAAUGAGAAUCCUGUAGAACAGAUGGCUGUGACUUCCCAGACCAAGAAAAUGUCCUUCCAGAAAAUUCUUCCUGACCGAAUGAAGGCUGCUCGGGACCGAGCCAACAAGAACUUAGUGGACUUCAUUGUGAAUGCAAAGGGAACAGAGAACCAUCUUCUAGCCAUUUUAAAAGGCACAAAAAGAUCCAGGUGGCUGAAAUCAUUUUUGAAUGCAAAUAGGUUCACUCCUUGUAUUGAAACAUACUUUGAGGAUGAAGAUCAGUUGGAUGAGGUGGUGAAGUAUUUACAAGAAGUCUACAAACAAAUAGAUGAAAGAAUGCUGACUCUGAUAAGAGAUGAUAAAAUUAAAUUUAUCCUGGAAGUUCUUCUGCCAGAAGCUAUCAUUUAUUCAAUUUCUGCUGUUGAUGGAUUAGAUUACAAGGCAGCUGAAGCAAAGUAUCUAAAGGGACCAUCCCUAGGAUAUAGGGAAAGAGAAUUAUUUGAUGCAAAAAUCUUAUUUGAAAAGAGACGGAAACCAUUAAUAAAUGAGGCUCAUUAAGUCUCUUGAGAAUCCAAACCAUAACAAAAUGUACAUAGAUAUUAGUUCUAAAAAGUCAUUGAACAAUUCUAACAUAUAUUUUCCAGAAAUGAGAGAGUUUGGGUAAUGUGUUAAUUUUUUUUUUGAGAGCUCUAAGAUUUGAGACAAUUACAACAUCUUUGUUUUCUUUUCUUACACUUCUUCAAAGUCAAUUUUAUUAACAUAUAUCAGCAGUCCUACUUUCCCGUACAUUUUUAGAAUGCAUAAUUCCUAAAUUAUUUUUAAGGGAAAGUACUAUUUUGGUUUUUUUUUUACAUUUUUGUGGCUAUGCUUUAUAGUUAAAUACAGUGUGCAUAAUCAUUUUAAUAUUAAAAUUGCACUGGUGUUAGAUAUUAACAGAUAAUUAGAAAAAUGUCUAAAAAGAACAUCACUUAUAUAUUUUUGCUUAAUUUUUAUAAAAUGUUGGCUUUUCUCUUACGAUAGCUGAAUUAUUUUUCCUGCCAUGCCUAUUUAUUUUUGGAAGAAAAUGUCUCUGAGAUAUGGAACCAAAGAUAGAGAGAUGCUUUGCUAUAUAUUAUAACUAACUGCAAUUGCUUUUGCAAGAUAACAGUCUGGAAUUCAAAAAUAAAGUAAAUAGAUUACCUGCAUGCAGUCUGUAUGUGUGUGAAUAACAUCUCAGCAUGCAAAAAUAAUCUUGGCAAUCUUGAACAGGAUUGUUCAUUUUAUGUUUCCCUAAAAUUCCAUUUAUGGAGUGUCUGUUAUUCAGUAGAUGAAUGGUUUCUUCUUGCCUUUUGGCUGUCUUCAUUACUAACAGUGACUGUAUCUUAAUAUAGCCAUGUGACCACAUGUGAAAGACAGCUAGAGUCCUAGUAUUCAUCAUCUGGCUACUGUAGAUGAAUGAGUCCAGGGUGACUGCUUAAAAGCCCACCUAGUUUGAUACAAACUGUAGAAAAUCCAAACACUUUCUUCUGAGCCUUGUAUCUCUGACUACAUAGUCAUUUGUUUCAAACCAUACAAUCUUUAUCAUGUCGCUUAUUUAUAAAAUAGUUCUAGUUGGUUCCAAUGACAUAAAUGCCAACUGGUACAUUAUUCCAGGCUACUAGAGAGAGUAUAUGGACUAGAAUUGGUGAAUUCGGAAAUGGGUCACAGAAAGAGCCUUUAUUUGGCCAAAAUUGACAGUUAUGAGUGUGAUUUAAAAUAUACAAUUAAAAGUUAAAGUUUGAAGCCAGUGAAUUGUUUAUUCUAAAUUGAAAUAAGAUUUUAGUGAGAAAAAAAUAUCAGGAGGGCUACUUUAUUUUUAAAAAUUGUUGUAAAAGUAAAUGCUAAAGGCUUAACAUGAACCUAUCUCCAUUUUUACUGAGUGAGACACAUAUCACUCUUGGGUUUUUGUUAUGUGUUCACAUGGCCUCCUCGUGUUUAUGUAAAAGUUGCAAAUGCUUGAUGUAUGGAUUUACAAUAAAACUAUUGUAUCUUUAACCUUGGAUUGUCACUUUGUUACACUUCAGAUUGUGCAGCCUCCUAAGUAGUGUUUCUAUAAAAAAAAAAUUAGACACACACACAAAAACACACAUAUAUUAUCAUUUGUUUGGAAUUUUUGCCUGUUGUAGUUGUCAUAAGUUUAAUGCUUGUUAUACGUUAUCAUUCUAAAUAAAUGUUCACUUUCAUGA